AUGACAGUAACCCAUAGGAAGCGGCAGCAUCAACCAGAUGAGAUCGCGGCUGUGAACGAACCUGGUUUCCAGAUAGAGUGCGAUGGAUGCUAUACCGAUCUCACCCAUUCCAUACGAAUCAAGUGCGCAGACCCCAUAUGCGAGCCUGGCGACGGAGUGGACAUCUGCCCAACAUGCUUUUGUGGUGGCAAAGAGUUUAAGAAGCAUAAGCGAGGGCAUGCGUAUCGAGUAGUUGAAUUGCAUUCAUAUCCAAUAUUUUCGGAGGAUUGGGGCGCGGAUGAAGAGCUAUUGCUCAUCGAGGGUAUCUCGCUAAAAGGGCUUGGAAACUGGAAGGCCAUCGCCGAGCACGUUGGCACGCGAACUCAAGAGGAGGUGGAAGAGCAUUACAACGUGGUUUAUAUAAAUUCUCGUGACUGGCCAUUACCUAGAAUGGAUAUUGAAUUCAAUGUCGAUCCUUCCGAAUUUCAAGAGCGUAAACGCCGACGAAUAUCUUCCAUGGCCACUGCCCCACCACCACAUAGAGUCGCUCCCACCUCGGCGCCUAGUAUUCACGAAAUUGCCACAUUCCUCCCAGGUCGCCUUGAGUUCGAACACGAAACCGACAACGAUGCUGAGGAUCUUGUCAAGGACCUCGAGUUUGGUAUCUGUCUAGAAUGGGGAGGUGAUUCAAUCAUGGAAGACGAACAUGAUCCAGACGUCAAGGAGCCACCAACAAGAUCAGAAGACCAGAGUACGGAUGGGGCAGCCGAAGAUGAGGCGGAGGAGAACAUGCCGCCCGUUCCCCUUGAGACAGAGGAAUCACUUGCCUUCAAGCUGACGCUGCUCGAAAUGUACUCCCAGAGGGUUGAGAAGCGGCACGAGGCGAAGGCCAUCAUGUUCGAUAGAGGAUUGUUGGAGUACAAGAAGACCCAGGCCGCAGAUAAAAAGAGGCCAAAAGAGGAAAAGGACAUUGUCCAUCGAUUACGACCGUUCGCGAAGCUUCAGACAGCAGAAGAUUAUGAAGUCUUCUGCGCUGAUAUUCUAUACGAAGCUAUGCUUCGAAAACGAAUAACUGAGCUGCAACAAUAUCGACGUCUGGGCCUUAUGACGGCUACAGACAUCAAAAAGUGGGAAGAUGACACCCAGGCCAAGGCGAACAUGUCUCGAGACUUUUUCUCAUCGGAGCGGCUGCAGCACCGACGACAAUCUCAAGGCCCCGAUUCCCGUCACGCCAGUGUUGCCGACUCCGAUGGCAGAAAGGCCUACGAGGGUGAAGGGGCGUUGAGAGCUGGAAACGGUACCGGUCCACCCGGUCGCAAAGCUCCUGCACCACUCAAUCUCGCAAAUAGUCCCUCUCUGCAUCUCCUCACACCGGCUGAGCAAACACUUUGCUCGCAACUUCGCAUCCUCCCGAAGCCAUACCUUGUCAUCAAGGAGACGCUCGUCCGGGAAUAUGCUCGUCGUGGUGGCAAACUCCGACGGCGCGAAGCACGUGAUCUUGUCAAGAUCGACGUCAACAAGACAAGCAGAGUUUGGGACUUUCUUGUUCAAGCUGGCUAUCUCAGGAUCAGUGACAUCAACGCGACCGCUGCUGUAUCACAAGACACGAACAACGCCGCAGGGUUCGUAAAAUAA